CACCGGUGCAGUCAGAUCCAGUGACAGAGUAGAGCUAUGGAGGGUGAGCGGUGGAGCUGGCCGGGACAUGUCUGAGUAGAACCCUACGUUAUUUUCCAACACAUAUAGCUUUAAAACCAAGUGUUGAAGAUGGGGCAUUGCGGCAUUACAUCGUCAAAGACGGUCCUGGUCUUUCUGAACCUGAUAUUUUGGGCUGCUGCUGGUAUCCUGUGCUACGUGGGAGCCUAUGUGUUCAUCACAUAUGAUGACUACGAUCACUUUUUCGAAGAUGUGUACACCCUCAUCCCAGCAGUCACCAUUAUUGCAGCUGGAGCCCUACUUUUCAUUAUUGGGCUGAUUGGAUGCUGCGCCACAGUGAGAGAGAGCUACUGCGGACUUACAGCGUUUGUCGUCAUUCUCCUGCUGGUUUUCAUGACGGAAGUAGCAGUUGUGGUUCUAGGAUACAUUUACAGAGCUAAGGUCGAAGAUGAAGUUAAUACAUUUAUCGGGAAAGUUUACGAUGAAUACAAUGGCACCAACAGCAACGCUCAGAGUCGUGCCAUCGACUAUGUUCAGAGACAGCUUCAGUGUUGUGGGAUCCGCUCCUACUCAGACUGGCAGAAUACACACUGGUUUGAAGAAUCCAAAAACAACAGCGUGCCCAUCAGCUGUUGCAAAACUAACGUUGUAGGCUGCACGGGCUCUUUAACUCGUCCUGAAGAUCUCUACCAAGAAGGCUGUGAAGCUCUGGUUGUGAAGAAGCUGAAGGAGAUUAUGAUGUAUGUCAUCUGGACUGCAUUGACAUUUGCUUUUAUCCAGAUACUGGGGAUGUUGUGUGCGUGCGUGGUGCUGUGUCGCAGAGGCAGAGAUCCCUCGUACGAGCUUCUCAUCACAGGAGGCACCGUCGCAUAAAAGAAAACACAUUUCUCACCUUAAGGCAGACUUCAAGUAUUUACAUGUUAAAUCGGUGAGAGCAUGAAAAUAACCUAUUACCACGCUAAACAUAAAACACUAACCACACUAAUGUGAUAUAUUUAACCAGAGUCUCUUAAAAAAGCUAUUGACCAAAUCCUGUAAUGGUCAAUGUAAAUGAGAUGUUGAAGGUACUCUGAUUCUCUGAGGAAGGUGUGAGGGUGGAUGACCUUAAUUUUACCAAACUGAAACCUUAUAAGUCAUGUGUUAAGUAAAUGGUGGACAGGGUAUUUUACUUCUGUGUUAGUUUGCACUGUGUAUGGCUUUGCAUAUUUUAUAUUUAAAUCUGUCACACACUUGAAGGAAAGAGAUGUAUAGUUUUACCUUAAAUCUCCACUACUUCUACUUCUCUGUUCAUAAAACUACUAACCGAGCCCAGUUUCACCAGCAGUAUUUGGCAAAGAAACACCAAGACCAAAGUCACUUUUGCAGAAAGUUCUGUAAACUAUAUCUGGCUUCAGCUAAUCUGAUUUCUCUUUAAGAAGUAAAUCUUGCAAUCCCCUUCAGUACGUGGAAUUUUUCAAGUAGAAAUGCUUAGAAAAUUCUUGAAUCUAGAUCAGCCUUGUGCUUUUACUGGGUUGUUCUUUUUUGUCUGAAGAGUCUACUGAUGGUAGUUUUAGAGCUUAAAUUGCCGAUAUGUAGCAUUGGAUAGAAUGUAAAUAAAAUAUUU